UUCGGUGCUCUGGCCAUGCGCGUCGAUUGACAAGUUAUCGGAUUCAAAAUCAUCACAAUUGAAGUCCUUUGUCUCAGUCGGCAGAGGUCUACCCUGUGGAAACAAUGGUAUUUCGAGGCAUCGCCAACCGGCUGCGCGCGAUGGCAAUUGAAGCUGUAUUUGACAGAUUAUGUGGCGGCACCAUAUUUACCAGCAAAAAGUUAAUAUUGGCCUAUACUAUCGACUGGGUUCUUAUUAUAGGCACCGGCUUAGUGGGAUAUGCUUUUACCAGAAUCGAACCUAAUCGCAGUCCGUUCUCUCUUACAGACCUGAGCAUCUCAUAUCCAUAUAAGGUUCAUGAGACUGUGUCGACCACGGUCAUGGUCUUGGUCUCGCUUUUGGCACCAGCUAUGAUAAUCCUACUCUUAACGCUCGUCUUUGUUCCGGGCCCGUUAGUGGACAAGAAUGCACCCAGUUUUGUAAUACUGAAACGCAAGCUGUGGGAGUUGAAUGCUGGAUGGAUGGGUCUGGGAGUUUCUCUGGCUGGAGUCUACAUGUGUACAGAGGCCUUGAAGGACUUGUACGGAAAACCCAGACCCGAUCUACUCGGCAGAUGCAGACCCGAUUUGUCGAAUAUUGCAGCAUAUGCAGUCAGUGGGCUAGGACUUCAACUCGAACAUGCCCCAGUUCUAGUGACAUGGGAGAUCUGCCAGAACAAGUCAUAUAUGCUUAGAAAGGCUGGUUUUGCGAGCUUCCCAAGCGGGCAUUCAUCCUUUUCUUGGGCAGGCAUGACUUAUCUUACGCUCUGGCUAUGUUCCAAGUUUUCCAUCACUAUUCCGUAUCUCUCUCAACAGCCUUUAGACAAUGGCAUUCCGCCAACGGGUCCGCAAGACGAUUCGAAUGCCAAUGACACCACGCAUCAUCAUCGCCAUCAUCAUCUUCUUCACAUUUUCCAUGAAACUGUCACAGGGAAGCCCUUACCCUCUCAAUUUAGCCUCUCCAUUCGGAACCGGGGGGCACCACCUCCGGUCUAUCUACUCAUUGUUGCCUUGAUACCCUUGGGGGUUGCGGCUUUCAUUUCUUCAUCCCGUUGGUUUGACCACCGACACUACGGAUUUGACAUCAUAUUCGGAUCUAUCAUGGGGAUCCUUUUCGCAUUUCUUGGAUUUUACCUAUAUCAUCUGCCGAUCAGACGCGGAGCAGGCUGGUCAUGGGGACCGAGAAGCCCCGAACAUGCAUUCUGGAAGGGCAUCGGGUAUCCAAACCAGAUAGCAGCUGAUGGAUGGACUAGCUCAACGGCGAUGGAGGCCAAAGAUGAGGGCUUGCUGCAAAACGAACAUUUCAGACACGAGAGGUGGAGUAGAGUCAUCUCUUCGACCCCGGACGUGAACGGAUCUUCAAGUAGUUCUUCCAACGAAGUAUGAGUAUAAAGCAAGGACCUAACGAACCUGCCUUCACACACAGGUUACCCAAAUCAUGAAUAAACGAUGUUCAUGGAGUGCGUUAAGGCCGCAAAAAAAACAAUCGUGAUGCGGAAAAUGUACUUCGACCAUGGCUAGGAUUUGAUAAUA